CGCCCUCCCCCGAAGCCCAGACCUUCCUGCUGGUGCAGACUCCCCAGGGCCUGCAGCUCAUCCCCAGCCCUCCGGCACCACCGCGGAAGCUCCUCCUGCUGCCCAGCCCCCCGGCCGAGCCCUCGGCUUUCACCCUCCUGCCUGCUGAGGGUCCCCCGCCCCGGGCGGGGAAGGGUCCCCAGUCGUCGGGACUCUCCGCUGCAGGGCAGAGCAUCCUGUUGGUACCCGGCACGGGGCAGGCGCUGCCCCGUGUCCAGCUCCAGGGGGUGGCGGGGACCCCGGCAGGAGCCAGUGUCAUCGUUCUGAGGGGGGGUGUCAUUCCCCCACAGGGGCCACAGCCCCCCGAGGUCACUGGUGUCCAGCUGCAGGCAGCCGAGGUGACCAAUGUCCAGCUGCAGGCCCUGCCACAACCCUUGGAGGUCACCAAUAUCCAGCUCCAAGCUGCAGAGGUGACUAAUGUCCAGCUCCAAGCCACAGAGGUGACAAGAGUCCAGCUCCAAGCCCUGCCGCAACCCUUGGAUGUCACCAACAUCCACCUCCAAGCUGCCGAGAUGACAAAUGUUCAGCUCCAAGCCUUGCCGCAACCCUCCAAGAUGACCAACGUCCAGCUCCAAGCCCUGCCACAGCCCUUGGAUGUCACCAACAUCCAUCUCCAAGCCGCCGAGGUGACAAAUGUCCAGCUGCAGGCCCUGCCGCAGCCCUUGGAUGUCACCAACAUCCAGCUCCAAACCAGUGAGGUGACCAAUGUCCAGCUCCAAGCCCUACCACAGCCCUCCAAGGUGGCCAAAAUCCAGCUCCAUGCUCUGCCACAACCCUCAGAUGUCACCAACAUCCAACUGCAGGCCGCAGAGGUGACCAAUGUCCAGCUCCAAACCCUGCCGCAACCCUUGGAUGUCACCAACCUCCAGCUCCGAGCCCUGCCACAACCCUCUGAGCUCACCAACAUCCAGCUGCAGGCCACUGAGAUGACAAAUGUCCAGCUCCAAGCCCUGCCACAACCUUUGGAUGUCACCAACAUCCAGCUGCAGGCCACUGAGGUGACAAAUGUCCAGCUCCAAGCCCUGCCACAGCCCUCUGAGAUCACCAACAUCCAGCUCCAAGCCCUGCCGCAGCCCUCAGAGGUGACCGGUGUCCAUCUCCAGGCCACGGAGGUGCCCAGCGUCCAUCUUCAGGAUACGGAGGUGACAGAUGUCCAUCUCCAGGACACGGAGGUGCCCAGUGUCGAGCUGCAGACCACAGAGGUGACAAAUGUCCAUCUCCAAACCACCAAGGUACCUGACAUCCAUCUCCGAGCCACAGAGGUGUCCAGUGUCCAUCUCCAAACCACAGAGGUCCCCAGUGUCCAUCUUGAGGCCACAGAGGUGCCCGACAUCCAGCUUCAGGCCAUGGAGGUGGCCAACAUCCAGCUGCAGACCGCAGAGGUGCCCAGUGUCCAUCUUGAAACCACAGAGGUGCCCGAUGUGCAUCUUGAAACCACUGAGGUACCCGACAUCCAUCUCGAAGCCACAGAAGUGCCUGGCGUCCAUCUCCAGACCACAAAGGUGACCAGUGUCCACUUGCAGGCCACUGAGGUGACCGACGUCCAUCACCAAACCAUGGAGGUGCCCAGUGUCCAUCUCCAGGCUGCAGACAUGCCCAACAUCCAUCUCCAGGAUGCAGAGGUGACCACUGUCCAGCUGCAAGCCACUGAGAUGCCCAGUGUCCAUCCCCAAACCACGGAGGUGACAAAUGUCCAUCUCCAGGCCGCAGAGGUGCCCAGUGUCCAUCUCCAGACCACUGAGGUGCCCAGUGUGUGUCAUCAAACCACUGAGGUGCCCGGUGUCCAUCUCCAAGUCACAGAGGUGCCCAGCGUCCAUCUCCAGACCACAGAGAUGGCCAGUGUCCAUCUUCAAGACACCAAGGUGUCCAGUGUCCAUCACCAUAUGAUGGAGCUGCCCAAUAUCCAUCUCAAGAUCACGGACAUGCCCAAUAUCCAACUGAAGACAAUGGAGGUGACAAAUGUCCAUCUCCAGGCUACUGAGGUGCCCAACACCUGUCACCAAAUGAUGGAGGUGCCCAGUGUCCAACUCAAGACCAUGGAGGUGCCUAACAUGCAUCUUAAGACCACAGAGGUGCCUAACGUCCAACUGAAGACCACAGAGGAGGUGCCCAACAUCCAACUCAAGACGGUAGAAGUGCCCAACAUCCAACUCAAGACCGUGGAGGUACCCAACGUGCAACUGAAGACCAUGGAGGUAUCCAACAUCCAGCUGAAGGCCGUGGAGGUGCCCAACAUCCAACUCAAGGCCAUGGAGGUGCCCAACGUUCAACUCAAGACUGUAGAGGUGCCCAGUGUCCAACUCAAGCCCAUGGAGGUGACAAAUGUCCACCUCCAGGCCGCAGAGGUGCCCACCAUCCAGCCACAGGCCCCUGAGGUGCUCGUGGCAGGGAGGGGCCCAUCCCCCUCUCCAUCCCCACAGUUGGCGGUAGUGGGGGCAGCUGGGGGGCUGCCCCCCGUGCUGCUGCUGCGGGGGGCUGCGGGGGGACCUGCGAGCACUGGCCUUGACCCUUCAGCACCUCCUGGGUGGCUCUCCGAGGACCCCUUCUGCCACUGGCUCUCAGUCAUGAUGGGGUCAUGAUCCCCCCAACUGGGUGACUCCAGCAGGGGGGAGCUGCUGUGACCCCCAGAUGAGAUAAAGUGGGGCUGGACCCCCCAAC